ACAUUGGCGUCGCGGCAAUGAGUUGUGAGUGAACUUUGUUACCGUUCGAGUGUUUUGCACAGUCGUAAAGUCGGUGACUACGAUCUGCUGGGUGUUUAAUUACUAUUUUUUUCUUCCGUCCAUACCGUGGAUAAUCGUGGCGUAGCUAAUGAUACAAGGGAGGUCGGUGAUGCAAAAAUUCGUAUGGUAACUCAAUUGGGAAAAUGUAACGGAUCUUUCGGCUAAGCCAAAUGAGAUGCUUCUCAUUUCAGAAAACGACAGCCAAACCAAUUUACUCGUUUGCCAUUGUCAUAUGCGCUUAAAUUGGUAUACAGGAAAGUGGAAAGGGAUGGUUAACUAAUAGUUUUCUGGAAUUGUUAUACAAAGAAAAUCAAGUCCUCCUGCAUUGAAUGUCCGAAAGGAUGCGAGGUCGACAGUCCCAAUCACAGGCGCCCGCCACUUCGCACGAAAAAGAGAAGUCUGCCCCAGCAUCCGUCGAGUCGGAUCACGAAGAUGCUAACGCUAAUGACAACGACGAUACAAGUUCGGUAGGAUCGCAUGGCGAGGCACGAAGUAAGAGACGCAAAAAGACUCCAGGACGGACAACAUUCAAGUAUGCAAGUCACUUACGGGAGGAGCAUGGUCAAGCGCUCUUCGGAGUUCAGUUCAAUCCGCAUGUGGAUGACCGGGAUAUAUUCGCUACUUGUGGCACCAAUAGGUUAUCGGUGUAUGAAGUCCUACCAAACUCUAUCAAGCUCCUACAGUGUUACGCUGAUCCUGAAUCCGACGAGAUGUAUUAUACCGUGGCAUGGGGCUACGAUGAGACGGGUGAACCGUUGCUUGCAGUGGCGGGAGCCAGAGGAAUUAUUCGUGUUAUCAAUGUCGCUCGUAUGGAAAGUGUUCAACAUUACGUCGGGCACGGACACUCGAUUAAUGAGGUGAAGUUUCAUCCACGAGAUCCGAAUCUUCUAUUGUCUGUAAGCAAGGACCAUACGCUUCGCCUAUGGAAUCUCCGUACAGAACAGUGUGUUGCAAUCUUUGGCGGCGUCGAGGGUCAUCGGGAUGAAGUUCUCAGCGCAGACUUCGAUCUACUUGGGCAGAGGAUUAUCUCAUGCGGGAUGGACCACUCGCUGAAACUCUGGCAUCUAGAUUCGCCAAUGCUACAGCGUGCAAUUCACGACUCGUAUGUAUACCAACCAAUGAAGCACAGCCGGGCGUUCCCUACUGCCAACCAGCAUUAUCCUGACUUCACAACACGCGAUAUUCAUCAAAAUUAUGUCGACUGCGUUCGAUGGCUAGGGAAUUUCAUACUAAGCAAAUCAUGCGAACAGGUUAUUGUCUGUUGGAAGCCCGGCUAUAUGGAGCAGAGGGAGAUAAAACCAUCCGAUUCAGCUGUUACAAUCGUUCAUCAGUUCCAUUACCGCGACUCGCAGUUUUGGUUUCUUCGUUUUGGUCUUUCAAGGGAUCAACGCCACCUGGCUGUUGGAAACCAACUGGGAAAAACCUUUGUGUGGGAUAUUGACGUGGCUGAUCCUGCUUCCAGCAAAUGUAGCACGUUAUCUCAUCCUAAAUGCACAGCAAUCGUCCGUCAGACAUCGUUUAGUAAUCGGGGUGACGUUCUCAUUUGUAUUUGUGAUGACGCAACAAUUUGGAGAUGGGAUCGAACUCAGCCUCAGCAACAGCAUCAUCAUAUCAAUGGCUCUCAUGCCACCGCAGACGAUUAACUAGGGUGGGACGACAUUAAAGAGUAGGAGGAAUAGUUGCCCAAUCAUUUGAGUACGCUUAUGCCUAAUUUUGUGGGAACUCACUGCGGCAGUUAGCAUAUGUGUACCUUUUUAGAAUGCCUACAUAAAAUAAAUUAUAUUUUUCAUGAAUAGGUUCGACAAUACGACUUAAGAAUAAUGACACUUGAGGGAACCGUCUAGUCGUAAUCUUUUCUUUUGAAGGGGCGCAUAUUUGUUAUAGCAUUAAAAUAUGUAUUUUGUGAACUUAAAUUUAACUUAUUAAUCCCUACUUAUGCUGUGUAUGUACAUGACUAUAUUAUUUCAAUGUAAGUUUUUUUUACUGCUAUAUGGUAGCGCCUUUAACAGCUCAUUUUGAAAAACACCCACCGCGUAGAAGAUGAAAAUGGAUCUUAGUGCAUGAAAAACCUACCGAUAUAAGGCUAGUUUUGUUCUGAAGAGCGCGAAGAUCUGAAUGUUCUCUUUGCGUCUGUUCUAUAAUUGAUGGGUCAUACAUAAGGGUUAUUGCUUUCAAAAUCUAGUGAGCACUAUAGUCUUCCGAUCACCCUAUACCAACUAUAUUCAUUACUGUUGCCUUCACGUGUGGAUAUUCAAAGCACGACUGUCUUGGUAAAUAGAACGCUCAAUGCUAUCAACGUCAUGUGCUUAUCGAAUUUUGAACUGGAGUUCUUCUAUCAUCUUUGUUUUCUGUGUCGUGAAAACCUAAUAUCAGACUGAAAUGUGUUUCCUUAUAGGUUUUUUACCUAAUGCUAUAUAUAUAUAUAUAUAUAUAUAUAUCAUAUAUCAUUGUGUAUGUUCUUGGCCGACGUUAGCAUAGGUAGUGCUAUGUCUAUGUACAAAGUCGUCAUUGUCACCUGUGCAAAAUGUACACCGCUUCACGGUUGUGAAUGUAGAAGGGAUGUCCAUCAUUUAACGGUUAUCUAAUUUAGUAUUAUAGCUCAUUGUUCAAUAAAUUGACAAUUUUCCACACUA